UUAAAAAUCUAGCCAUGGAAGUGCAGAAGAAGGUGCGGCUCCACUUGGGACUCAUCCCAGUCCAAACUCUCUCUCUCCCUCUCGGUAACAAAACUGAAAAUGAUAAUCUACAUUUCUUUCGUUGGUAUAAUCAACAUAAUUUAACCUAAUGCUGACUGUAAUUACGCAGUCUAUACUUAAAUUGCAUUAUGCGGUAGACUAACCUUAGCAGUGUGGAGAUACGGCUUGCUUACAAUGGAUACCGCCGUAUCACGAACCUCCAGACCUUUGUAAUUCUUUAGUUGGUCCAUGGUAUAAGUGCUUGUCGAGAAGAGGAGAUAGUUGACGAUGUCUGGAUAGGUUACCGACGCCCACAGUUCUAAAUUCUUGCUCCAUCUGUGUUUCGACAGAGGCAUAUGGGUCGAUAUUGUCGAUCAAAGCACGCUUUUUGUCGUAACGGUUUCUUGAAACAACCUCUAAUGAGCACCGAUAACUUUCCAAAGUCUUUUUAGCCAUGAAGCAUCACUUUUAACAGUCAUACGAAUAUUUGUAUAAUUCCGGUCUAUAUGCAAAAGCAUUAGCGUGAACGGCGCGUCAGUAGAGUGGACCCAUUCAACAUGGCCGCAUGCCCAGGAUGUAGUCACGUGGUCGAAGACAGUCUAUUGCGAGUGGGUCUUGAAUGUAAACCCCUACAAUAAACAACCCCAGGUACACUUACCAUUAUCCAAGAGUUUAUUUUUGAUGGGAGUCUUCAAUCUCUUGGCCCUCGGAUAGAACUUCCGAGUUGUUAUAGUGCCAAAAAUUUACAUACAAAAAGGAUCUUAUCCAUGGAAAUGUAGUCUUGGAGACAGAUCAUAUUUGGAAUAACUAUAUGUAGUAACACCUGUUUGGAGAAACGCCAUUUGAUGAGUAGUUUAAGUGUUUGACGUCACUUUAGAGGGCAGGAGGAAUAUUUCAGACCUGUGGGAGCCGUAGCCGCCCAUCUCCACCAGGUGGCAUGUGCACACCACUGUUAGCCAUUCUGCUAACAUGUCCCCUCAAGUGCCGUUUUAUACAAAAUUACAAUACAAAGUUUUGCCUACAUGGAUUUUUCCCAAGGUGCUCCUGUUUCCUCCUGCUGCACAUCUCAAAACAUACAAGUUUUAUGACAUUAUCAAACCAGUAACGGAAUCAGAAAUGAUUUGAAAUAAUGCCAUCAUCGUCCAUGCAUUCCUGAGUUCCAGAUGUUUUUCUUCCAAGAGGCUUGAAACCUAGACGUGCAUAUUUCUUGAGCUUAAAGGGGAAAUCCAGGGGUUUGCAUUAACAAUGUAUCCAAUAUGUCAUAUAAUAUGUACUCUAUCUUGACAAUGUGAUGUUAAAUCGUCUCUUAUUUAAUAGUGGUUUGGGAAAAUUUUUUAUCGCCAAUUACGAAUUUUCAGGACCACUUCCUUUUUCGCGAGUCACAUGACGUGGCCUACGUGGGCAUAUGUGAUGUGCUAUUGGAUACAUUAUAAAUUCAAACCACUGGAUUUCCCCUUUAAUAUACUUCAAUAGUGAACAUCUCUGACUACCCCUCCACUCCUGAGCCAGCGCUGUCAAAUUUACAAACCUUUGCUCUCACAAGCGUCCCCUCUCCAUGGAGGCAUCCAAGCCAACGAAAGCUGAUGGUCUUAGCCAAAUAUGGAGAAGGUGGGUACAAAAUUGGGUCAAACAGAGGUAGCUGUUAGAGGGGCCUUUUGUGGAUACUUGUACUGGAUAUAUAUAUUUUUUUUUUCAUGAAAUAGACUUAUACUAUAUAUAAUUUAUACUUGGCGGCACGGUGAAUCAGCUGGUAAAGCGUUGGCCUCACAGUUCUGAGAUUCCAUCCCGGACUCGCCUGUGUGGAGUUUGCACGUUCUCCCUGUGCCUACGUGGGUUUCUUCCGGGCACUCCGGUUUCCUCCCACAUUCCAAAAACAUGCAACAUUAAAUGGACACUCUAAAUUGACCCUAGGUGUGAUUGUGAGUGCGGCUGUUUGUCUCCAUGUGCCCUGCGAUUGCCUGGCAACCAGUUCAGGGUGUACCCCGCUUCCUGCCUGUUGACAGCUGGGAUAGGCUCCAGCACCCCCCCCCUGACCCUCAUGAGGAUAAGCGGUGAAGAAAAUGGAUGGAUGGAUAAUUUAUACUGAGUUAACGUUAGAAAGUCCCUCUCUGGAGGACUAAAUAGUCAACAUAUGGGACCUUGAAGUCAGCAGCGUUACGGGCAGCAUUGGGAAAAUUACUUCAUGCAUAUAUUGAUUAAGAAUUUGAUUAUGUGGGGGGAAUAUCUGAAGCCAUCAAAUUGGACUGCAAGAACUUGGCUGGCUUUUAAGAUGAUUAAGAUGUAACCAUCUAAUCAAGUACAGUGGAUGUAAAAAUGAAAACUCGUGGUUUUUUGCUUGUGCACUGACACAUUUUACCAGUAUUUAAAAAAUAAAAAUUGAUUAAAUUGCCUAUAGAUUUUCCAAAUUUCUGGAUGCAAAUCAAGCUUUGUCUUGACAGCAAGAAAAACAAAUAGUCCCACCCAGGGCCUGGUAAAAAUCAGUGCAGGUGUCCGUCAACAUGGUUUACUCAGCAAUGUUGUUUCUCAGAUCUGUUAAACUGAUAGCAGUGAACGUGGAGGAAGGGAAGAAAGGUCAAGAUAAGGCACUGCCACUCUUUUGAAAAUGGAACUUGAAAUGGAUUUGAGAGCCGCUUUACUGUUUGUUUAUGGGAUUAGCGGAUUAGCAGAGGAUGGACAUUCACAGCCGAGACAGGAAGAAUGUCUGCAGACCUACUCCACAGUGCACAGAAACAUUUUUUUUUUAAAGAUGACUUCAAAAUUGAUUACACUGACUAUUCCUCAAUGACAGCCACAACAUUAGAAACACGUUCGCAAUGUAAUUCCAAAUGAUGUAUCAAAAAGUCUGCCCUGUAAAGACAGUAAUGAUUCUAGAACAUGCUUUUUAUGGCUUUGGACAAGAGUCCUAAUAAUAGAGAGAUUUCAGUAAAUGCACACACCUAAAACAAACGUCUGUAAUAAACAUUUUGCACAUUGAGUAACUUUGAAAACUUCAAUUUGUCAUCUUUAUAAAUGCCAUUUUUAAUAUUUCAUCCAUUGGAUGUCAUUGUAUUACGCAAGUCAUCGUGUCGUGAGUUCUCAGUAAAAAUCAAUAAUAGAAAAAGCACAUUGAACUCCCAAAUUCAAUCUCCUCAAAAAUUGUAUGUGGAAUUAAAAUCUAAUCAAAUUAAAAUCAAAGGCUUGAGUCUGAAACCAAACUGAAACGCUGUGGAAUUAACUAAAUUUUGGAAAUGUGAGACAUGAAAUCGCCUGAAUCUGACAAGAAAUGCAUUAGCUCCUAAUUUGGGGAGAACUUGGAAGGAGCAGAAGAGUGAAAAUGAGUGGAUGAGUCCAAAAAAAAUUUGCUGCAGCUGAUCAGCAUUCACACGUUUAUCAUCGCCUAAAUCUGGGCACGCAUGAAACAUCAUCAUCAGUGACGCAGGGUGGGCUCGCUCCACAGAGACCACUUCCCCACCUACAGUACACACACACUCACACAUUGCCUGCACCUCCUUUGCGUGCCUUCCGAUUGCCAAUAGACCUCGGUGAUCACAAAGCCGGGGUCUCAGGGCCAAAACAAUUCAAGCGGCGUGAGCGCAAAGGCCGGCAUCCUGUGAUAGAAGCAGAAUCAGCACCUGACACCUCGAAAACAGGAAAAGCAUUUCGGCAGGAACACAGAUGGGUCAGAGCGUUUUGAGGGAGGAGCAGCGCCCACAACUAUAUAACAAGUCCGCUUGAGUCCCACCCUCACUCCGCGCAGAAAGGAGACUUAAUCAUGUCGUACUAUGAGCAUAUCCUCUUUGACGACGAAUACAACGACACCAGUUCUGGCUCUGGUUACGGGGAUAUCGGGGCGGAUCUGGAGGAGCCUUGUGAAGUGGAGCAUGUGAUGACCUCUGACUUUCAGCAGAUCUUCCUGCCUGUGGUCUAUGCCCUCAUCUUCCUCGUGGGCAUCACUGGAAACGGUCUGGUUGUCUUUGUGCUGGGAUGCCAGCGCAGGUCCAAAUCCAGCCUCACGGACCGCUACCGACUGCACCUCUCGGCUGCCGAUCUCCUCUUUGUCUUGGCGCUUCCUUUCUGGGCGGUGGACGCAGCCCUGGCGGAUUGGCGCUUUGGGGCGGCCACCUGCGUUGGCGUGCACGUAAUCUAUACAGUCAACUUGUACGGCAGCGUGCUCAUCCUGGCCUUCAUCAGUCUGGAUCGCUAUCUAGCCGUGGUCCGAGCCACGGACACCAACUCGGGCGGCCUGAGGCAGAUGUUGGCACACAGAAUGGUCUAUGUGGGUGCCUGGUUGCCUGCCGGUCUGCUGGCCGUUCCGGACUUGAUAUUUGCCCGAACUCAAGAAGGAGGGGAGGGAAGCACCUUGUGCCAGAGGUUUUACCCGACGGAAAACGCUCCUCUGUGGGUGGCGGUCUUUCACCUGCAACUGGUCCUCGUGGGCCUAGUGAUCCCAGGUGUGGUGCUUUUGGUGUGUUACUGCGUCAUCGUCACCAGACUUACCCGAGGCCCUCUCGGGGGCCAAAGGCAGAAGCGACGAGCGGUGAGGACCACCAUUGCGCUGGUGCUGUGCUUCUUUGUGUGCUGGCUGCCCUAUGGAGCGGGCAUCUCUGUGGACGCCUUGCUGCGCUUGGAUGUGCUGCCCCGCAGCUGCAACCUCGAGGCAGUUCUGGGGGUGUGGCUGGCGGUGGCCGAGCCCAUGGCGUUUGCUCAUUGUUGCUUGAACCCGCUGCUCUACGCCUUCUUGGGGGCCGGUUUCAAGAAUUCGGCCCGCAGAGCUUUAACUCUGAGCCGGGCCUCCAGUUUGAAGGUUUUACCAAGGAGACGCAACGGGGCCUCUACAACCACAGAGUCGGAGUCAUCCAGUUUGCACUCUAGCUAGUGUUUGCUUAGCUUGUGUGUGUGUGUGUGUGUGUGUGUGUGUGUGUGUACAGUAAUAGAAAUGAUUUGAGAACUUCAAGAGCAGUCUGCUGGCGGUCUUCUCUCUAUUCUCUUGUAAAUAUUCUUUUUUGGGGGGUUCUUUUCAGUGCUG